AUGGGAAGCAUGACGGCCUCUAAUAAGUUCUCCUAUUUCUCGUCCAUCAUAGACAAAUACAGACCCAAGUUGGAGCCAUAUGAGGAGCUGUACAAACAUUGCCACGCCCAUGGCGAACUCCCAACCCAAGAAAAAGACACUGCUGCCUUAAUCACCUCACAUUUGAAGAAACUGUCUAGCGAAUUAGAUAUUCGAACAGGCAUCGGGGGACAUGGACAGAUCGCCAUCCUGAACAAUGGACCGGGGAGGACGAUCCUCCUCCGGGCCGAUAUCGACGCUCUUCCAGUGCAGGAGAAAACCGGAUUGCCGUACGCAAGCACCAAGACCAUGCGCGACACGGACGGAAUUAUCAAACCGGUCAUGCACGCGUGUGGACACGAUUUCCAUAUCACAUCACUACUCGCAGCCGUCGAGACGCUCCUGGCGGCGCGAUCCACCUGGUCUGGUACGAUUGUAUUUCUCUUCCAACCAGCAGAGGAACGAGGAUGUGGCGCAUGCGCAAUGGUGAACGAUGGGUUGUACGACGAGUCGAAACACGCAUGUCCCAUUCCGGACGUUGUGCUAGGACAACAUGUCUUCCCUCUCCAGGCGGGAAAGACCGCUACGAGGGCCGGGCCGGUCAUGUCUGCGGCGGACAGUUUCAAGAUUACCAUUUACGGAAGUGGCGGGCAUGGAUCGAUGCCGCAUCGGACUAUUGAUCCCGUGGUGAUUGCAAGUCACAUCGUCGUCAGAUUACAGACGAUUGUUUCGCGGGAGGUGCCGCCGGAUGAGACCGCCGUGGUCACCGUGGGAGCAUUACAAGCGGGGAGCACUGAGAAUGUCAUUUCCGACGAAGCAGUGCUGAAGAUCAAUAUCCGUUCUGUGAGCGUGGAAUGGCGCGAACGAAUCCUUGCGUCCGUGAAGCGCAUCGUCAAGGCCGAAUGUCUCGCCGGGAACUGCCCCAGAGAAGCCACCAUUGAGCCCACAUCUUCCUUCCCCAUCACUGUCAAUGACGACCAGGUCACGGCCACAAUCAAUCAAUCCUUCUCGGAGUACUUUGGCGACGAGCAUGAUCCAAAUAUCAAGAACGUGCUGGGGAGUGAGGACUUUGGCAUGCUUGGAUCAGCGGUCGAGCGCCCUUAUUGCUUCUGGUUCUUUGGAGGGCAUGAGAAGACUCAAUUUGACGAGAUGAUGAAGAAGGGCGAGGAGCAAAAUAUCCCUGUGAACCAUAGUCCGUACUUUGCGCCGGUUCUGCAGCCGACGUUGACGACCGGGGUGGAUGCGUUGGUUGUAGCUGCGUUGACGUAUUUGGGGAAGUGA